AGAUACCCCUCUUAAAACGAGAAAAAACCCCUCGAUGGCGCCCAAUGUGGUAUCAAAGGUCACGAACUCCACCACGUCAACACAGGAGCUAACUCAUAAUAAAAAUUAUGAGCCUAAUGUGUCAAAAAAUGGAACAUGUACCCACAUAACCAAUCAGAUAAUAACAUCCAAUCUACCAACUAAAUGG